CACCAACAAGAUGCCUUCAACACACAAUAAGGAGAAGGCCUGGGAUACAGAUGAUAUCGAUAAGUGGAGAAUCGAAGAAUUCAAACCCGAACACAAUGCCGCAGGCAGUUUCGCUGAGGAGUCGUCUUUCAUGACACUCUUCCCCAAAUACCGUGAACAGUACUUGAAGGAAGCAUGGCCGGUGAUCACAAGAGCGCUGGAGAAGCAGGGCAUCGCCUGCACACUGGAUUUGGUUGAGGGUAGUAUGACAGUGAAGACGACGCGGAAGACGUACGAUCCAGCAGCGAUCAUCAAAGCCCGCGAUCUGAUCAAGCUGCUUGCACGAAGCGUACCGGUGACACAAGCGAUGAAGAUCCUCGAAGACGGCGUGGCAUGCGACGUGAUCAAGAUCCGCAACCAAGUGCGGAACAAAGAGCGAUUCGUGAAGCGACGACAGCGCAUUCUCGGCCCCAACGGUUCAACCCUCAAGGCACUCGAGCUGCUCACCUCCACAUACAUCCUGGUUCAGGGUAACACAGUGGCCGUGAUGGGUCCGUUCAAGGGACUGAAGGAGGUGCGACGAAUUAUCGACGACUGCAUGGCAAACAUCCACCCCAUCUACCACAUCAAGGAGUUGAUGAUCAAGCGCGAGCUCGCCAAGGACCCGACGCUGGCGGAAGAGUCCUGGGACCGGUUCCUACCUAACUUCAAGAAGCGCACGCUGUCCAAGCGCCACGUGCCGUUCAAGGUCACCGACAAGGCGAAGAAGACGUACACGCCAUUCCCUCCUGCACCCGAGAAGAGCAAGGUCGAUUUGCAAAUCGAGUCUGGAGAGUACUUUUUGUCAAAGGAGGCCAAGGACCGCGUUCACAAGGAGGAGGUUGUCGAGCGACAGCGCAUCAAGCGGGACGAGAAGAUGCGCGAGCGCGAGAAGGAUUUCAUUGCGCCCGAGGAGGCGAUGCCGGCCGAUCUCGAGGAAAAGUUGAAGAAGAAGGAAAAGAAGGAGAAGAAAGAAAAGAAGGAGAAGAAAGAAAAGAAGGAGAAGAAGGAGAAGAGCAAGCGGAAACGCGAGGCCGAGGAGGAUGUCGACGCCGACGAGGCUGCCGAGCGCAAAGAGAAAAAGAAGAAGAAGAAGAGCAAGUCCAAGGAAGCUUCUUCCGAUGGGGAAUGA